UUUCCCAACGGCUUGACAUAUUUUGUAGAAGUGCACACGGCUCGUACUUCAGUUUAGCUUCAUAACUGCGACUAGGUUGGUGUGAGGUCCAUUGGAAGUUAUCAUGGGAAAGAUAAAAGUGUUUGAACUUAAUUUUGACAACCCUGAAGGUGUCUACACCACUGGGUGUGUAAUACGGGGCAAUGUUGUGUUGGAGUUGAAUGAACCUAUGACAUGUAGAGGAAUCACGCUACGUUUUAAAGGAAAAUGUAAAGUCAGAUGGAGUGAAGAUAAAAGAUAUUACGUAGGCACGGAGCGGUAUAUUGACGAUACAAUUAUUCUGGCUGGAAUAUUACCCUCACAAGGCUUUUCUGAACUAGAAAUACCAACAGGCAUCAACACGUUUCCAUUUGAGUACCAGCUCUAUCCCGGAGUUCCUGCCUCGUUUCUAGGAUGCGCUGGCUUCGUCAAGUACUGGGCAAAGUGCUCAAUCGAUUUUCCUAUUCGAGUGAACAAAACUGUCAAAAAACCAUUUCAAGUCAUUGGUUAUCUAGACUUAAACAGGAUACCUUCAGUUCGGGUUCAAGACACAAAAGAGAAACACCUGUGUUGCUGUUGCUGUGCAACUGGCCCCAUCAAGGCCACUUUUAACAUCGAGAAGAACACCUUCGUCCCUGGUGAGGCCAUCAAACUCUUUGCUGAAAUCCACAACGGCUCCUGGAGACGAAUCAGCAAAUCAUACGUCUCAAUAAAAAUGCUCUACACGUAUAACGUGAAAGGAAACAUCCGAGAAUUUUGUAAAGAGAUCGCCAAGGUAACACGACCUGGGAUAGCCCCACACGGUAGCGAUGUCUGGUCAGGUGAGGAACUUGUGGUCCCACCUACUCCACCUUCCUUUCUACCUGGCUGCAGCAUCAUCGACGUCAAAUACACAGUACAGCUAAGUGUAGAUCCUUCAGGACCAAGCCUCGAUUUGAAUAUCCCACUGGACAUUAUCAUUGGGACCAUCCCAAAGGCCACAACUCUGCAACCAGUUGGGCUCGCUAGUUUGCUGUUUGGUGAUUCGGCUUUCAUAACACCACAGCAGGCUUUAGAUCUAGUAAUCCUAUCAGCACUACUAAAGAGUGGAGAUACAGGGACAAGUAACUUCGUUGCAGACAGCAGUACAUCCUAAUAUGUGUUCAUUUCAAAGUUUUACUUUCUUUUUUCAAUAAAAAGACGCCUAUUUAUUUUUAAUGUCAGAUUAAUGUAAUAUAUUGUGUUAAAAACAUUCAAGAAAUCUUUUCUAUCCAUAAAAUGAUUUUUUGGGAUAGUUGUCUAAAUUUGUUUUUAUUGUUUAACAGUACUUAUUUUGAUAUUGUCAUUUUUGUUACUAUAUUUUAUUAAAAAAUAAUAUUUAUUGACAUUUUUUUUAUAUAAUUGUAUUUUCAUUUUAUUUAUCCUUUCAAUAUAUUUUGACCUAUGUUUUAAUAAAAUUCAAGAUUGAUUGAAAUCUUUGGUU